AUGGGUUUAUGUGCGCUUCAGACUUUCAUGUACCCGUUCGACAGCCAAAGUGGGGUUUCUAUAACGAAUAUGUUAAGUAUGUUCGAGUUUGUGAAGGGCGGAGUCUUCUUCACGGGAGAAAGACGGCUUCUGGAAUACAAAUUCGUGAAGGAGGAAAUGUUUAUUACCGAUGACGCAAGAUCAGUGAAGGUCGUUCUGCACUUCAGGAACCAGUACGGUUAUUAUGUGGGCAAUGCCUUCGUUCCCAGUAUGUUCAUGGUGUUCAUUUGCUAUCUGACGUUGCUGUUCGACCUCGCUGACUUCCAGGACCGCAUCAUGGUGUCUCUGACGUCACUGCUCGUCCUCGCCUCCCUCUUCUCCCAGACGAGCCAGUCCAUCCCCAAAACCGCCUACCUCAAGCACAUCGACGUGUGGUACAUCGUCCUCAUCUCCCUCGACUUCUUCAUCAUCGUCGUCCUCGUCGUCAUAGAGAACCUCCGCCUCUACAGCGAGGAGGACGACCGCGUGUUCACUAUGACGGGGGCGAGCGGGGACAAGAUGGCGGCGGCGGGCGGGAAAGGCGAAAAAGGCGGGAAAUUGCGCAUGGCGACCGUCAGCUACCGCGCCCUUUCGCUUCGGUUGAACAGGGCGAGCGUGGUCGUGUUUCCCAUCGUCAGCACACUCUUCGUCCUCGCCUUCUUCAUGAUCGGGCUUGUGAGAUAUUACGUGGACUAG